GUGGAGAAGAAGGGGAACACACACACACACAAGCACAAGCAGGCAGGCCGAUUGGUGUUCACUCACUCAUGACAGUUUAUUAAACUUUUUGGAAAUGGGAUGAGGGGAAAAUGGAUGCGUGUUGAAUAUGCAGAUCACUCAUUCACCACCACCUAGGGAACCAUUCAAAUACACCAACAGCAUACUAUACAGGUCUCAAGGUACACCAUAACAACUCGCAAUCACGUCAUGUCAAAAGUGAUGUCUGGACAUAUGGAUCAAAUGGCUGGACCUUCAUCAUUACGUGGCGGAUCAAGCAAACAUGUCGGAUCACAUGGAGCAAGCGGUAGUGUGAAUGGAGCAUCAGUUUCAGGAAACUUACCGCCAUGGACACAAGAACAACCAACUCCGGAAGAACUGACACUGUACACCACAUUAUCAGCAUAUGCAGAUGCAUUGGAUGCUUUACCACUCGACCUAACCCGAUCCUUUUCCGAUUUACGAGAAUUAGAUGCAGUAUUGGGCCCACAUCUCAAUUCACUCACACAUCGUCUAGAUCAACUCACUACAAUCAUCGAGGACAGCUCAUUCACACCAGGCGAACGUCUAUUAGCUCUCAAGGAAGUUGCAGAAGAAGCGCGUGCAUACAAGAUGGGAGGAGAGGAUAAGAUUCGAGUCGCUUUAAACACAGCAGAGACGAUCAUCUCACAUACGACAUACAUUGACUCUCUAUUGGCAAAUUUAACUUCCGUUCCAUCUCUAGCCUCGAUUCUUUCACCUGCUAAGAAUUCUCAUUUGGCCGGUCAUCUAUCCGAUGGAACUGCAUUGGCACCCGGAUCAGGCCCAGGAGGCAACAAUCCGGCCAACAUGGAUACUUCUGUGGACAACACUUCACCAACAAAGAAAAAGAGAACAGGACCAGCAGCCGGACAAGCCCAAGGUGCCACAUCAUCGCUAAGUACAGCAGCAGAGAAACGUGCCAAUGAGGCGGCAACACAAGCAACAGCCAAUGCAGCGGCAAAGAAACGCAAACAAGCAGCACAAGCAGCAGCGGCAAAAGCAAGGGCAGCAAAAGAAGCAGCAGACGAUACAGAUGGAGAAAUUUCCGCGCCAUCAGCAAAGAGACCGGCUGUGAAACGAUCCAAUAAAGCGAAUGGAGCCCAUGAUCGAGAUGAUGAAAAGGAUAGCGAGAAUGCUUAUACUACUACCGGAUCACGAUCUAGAGGAGCAAGAGCAGCAAGAACGCAAAUACGAGGAAGCGGAUCGGAUAACGAAGAAGAUGGCUCGGAUACCGGAUCAACAGCUCCCAGAUCUGCACGUGUUGCCCGAGCACCAAGACCGGUGCAUGCUGCUGAUAAUGAGCCUGUUAAUGCAGCUCUUUCGGUUGGAGAUGAUGCGGAUGAAAGACGUUAUUGCUUCUGUAAUAAUGUUAGUUAUGGAGAUAUGAUUGGAUGUGACGGAGAUGAUUGUGAACGUGAAUGGUUUCAUUUGGGUUGUGUUGGAUUACUUAAACCGCCACAAGGAACUUGGUAUUGUGAUGAUUGUGCACAAAAACGAUCUUCGAAUGCAAGAAAUAAAAAGCAAAAGACUACUAAAUUGGCCAAGACCAGUGGUGCACAUGGCGGAGGAGUUGUCGAAUCCAAGACACGCACAGCAAGUGGGAAGCGGUAAAGGUUGUAUUAUUGAUUCAUACCUAUUAGCAUCGCAAGCAAGAAUGGUUUAAUUUAAUAAUUGAUGACAUUAUCAGCCAUAUUGUAGAUUUGAGCCAGGAGAUGAGAAUUACUCGUGAUAAGAUGCAGGUCCAAAGGCAAAAGCAGAGCAAUGUAUGUAGAUCAUUGGAUUAGAAAUCUCCAUAAGAGAUCUCCUAUUCAUAGAUCGGAGUUUUAUUAUGGAAAGAGAACAUUCUGCA